AGUUAUUAACCCUGUGGCAGUCUCGUACUCUCCCUGGGGUCUGCUUACAGCCUUAAUCUGACGCAAAUAACUCCUUCAUUUCCCCGCCGGAUCUGUCCUAACGGGGUUGCGUUGUCUUCAUUUAACCGAGAAGAUCCUCUAAUCGCUGUGUCGAAGGAAAAGCAAAGGCGAGAGAGCGAGAAAGAGAGACAGUAUGUCUGACGACUGUGCCGUUUGUUUGCCAAACACCACCUUGAUGCGUUCCACAGUUACGCCGUCUAAAACAGUUGAAAUGUGGCAAAUUCAGGGCAGACCCGCGAAGACCUCUGGAUCUACUGCUGGUAUGGACGAUGAUGGACGGAUUAUUACCCCUCUAGAGGGUCAGAUGGAUUCCUUGUGGGCGUUGUGGGUCUUCUGGGAAUGGAGGAGCACCAUCUCCAGCGGGCCAUCUCUGCCCAGCAGGUUUACGGGGAGAAGAGGGACAACAUGGUGAUUCCUGUGCCAGAGGCUGAGAGCAACAUCGCCUACUAUGAGUCCCUGUACCCGGGAGACUUUAAGAUGCCCAAACAGCUCAUUCACAUACAGCCGUUCAGUCUGGACACAGAACAGCCGGAUUAUGACCUGGACUCUGAGGAUGAGGCGUUUGUAAAUAAGCUGAAGAAGAAGAUGGAUGUGGGGGCUCUGCAGUUUGAAGAGAUGAUAGACCGGCUGGAGAAAGGCAGUGGACAGCAGCCUGUGACUCUGCAGGAGGCCAAACUGUUGUUGAAGGAGGAUGACGAGCUGAUCAAGGAGGUGUUUGAGUAUUGGAGCAAAAAGAGGAAAACAUGUCAGAGCGGCUCUCUCAUCCCUGUCGUCAAACAAGAGAAGCGUGACGGAUCCAGCACCAAUGACCCGUACGUGGCCUUCAGGCGCCGGACAGAGAAGAUGCAGACACGAAAGAAUCGUAAGAAUGAUGAAGCUUCUUAUGAGAAGAUGCUGAAGCUGCGUAGAGACUUAAGUCGUGCCGUCACCAUCUUGGAGAUGAUUAAGAGACGAGAGAAGAGCAAGAGAGAGCUGCUGCACCUCACGCUGGAGAUUGUGGAAAAGAGGAACAACAUGUCUGAUUUUGGAGGGGAGGUGAUGGCAGAGGUUCUGGCUCAGAGAGCUCUGGAGAAACCAGUCAUCCCUCUGAUACCAAUCACAAACAGCACCCAGUACAGACACACGGAGCAUGACCGAGACUACAAGAUCAAGAUGGAUAAGCCAGAGGUUGUACGGCAGAAGCGCAAGUAUGAGAAGAAGCCAAAGCCGUUGCCAUUGGCAGGCUCCGUACACUCAGGCCCGUCAGUCUUUAACACUAAAGACCUCAAUCAGUACGACUUUCCCAGCUCAGACGACGAACCCUUCUCACAGAUGUUCUCUGGUUCUUCAGAGGUGGAGGAGGAGAACGAUCCGGAUGGUGUGUUUGGGUUCAGGAGGAGAACAGGCUGUCAAUAUCACUCUGCACGUUCGGGACCUGUAAGUGGUUGGCCCUGGUCAGACCCUGCUGAGGGUGGGGUAGCAGAUGUGCGCUAUCGCUAUUCUCUAACCACACUCACAGUCCCGCGCCGAUGCCUGGGUUUGGCACGGCGACGAGUGGGAAGAGGGGGCAGGGUUUUAUUGGACCGAGCCCACUCUGAAUGGGAUACUGUGUAUCAUGGGCUGGACCCGGAUUCUCCUGCAUUCCCAUCACUGUCUCCCACCCAGCAGCAGCCCAGCACAGAUACCUCACACACCAGCACAGAUACCUCUGCCCCCUCCGCCACUCCACCUGACCUCACGCAAAUCCUGCUCAACAUCAAAGCCUGCCGCUGGAGGCAUUUCAAGCCUCGGACGGCACCGCCAGAUGACCCUGACAAUCCUGAGCACUGGUCCACACGGAGGCCCCGCCGCGGCUUCCUCAUCCGCCCAAUCCGCACGCUUCAGACGCAGAGAGGCCCCGCCUCUAUUAGACCACCUCCCCCUCCACCCACACCGGCUUUCACCGCAGAGCAGUAUCAGCAGCACCAGGAGCAGCUUGUACUGAUGCAGAAACAGCAGCUUGAACAAGUUCAGCAGCAUCAGCAGACCGGCAGCUCUGCCGUCACCAACAACCCACAGAGUUUGGUGUCAAAGACGAUAGACGCUGCCAGCGCUCAGUUUGCUGCAUCUGCAUUAGUAACUCAUGAGCAGCUGUUGGCGCUCAAGAGUAAAGAUGAGGGAGUUGGUGUUAAUGGAGUCGUCUCAGCAUCAGGCGUCUACAAGGGCUUACAUCACACGAGCUCUGCGGUGUCGUCCAUCCUUCCAUCUGUCGGCUCUACCUCCACCUCUUGCCCCUCCCCCACCAUCGCCACCACCACUAACAACGGCACCUCCUCGGCCAAUCACCAUGUGGGCCCGGCUGGCCCCGCCCCUGGCCAAGCGCUAAUGGGCGGGGCCGUGCGAGUGAGCGUGCCAUCACCAGCAGGCACCCUGAGUGUGCGCCAGCUGCAGCGCCAGCUCACUGUUCCCGCCUCAGCCCUAAAACUCGCUGCCAACGCCAACAGACCGCUCCCAAAGGUCACCACAGGGUCAACUACCCUCGACAUGGGGCCCAGGGAGAAUCACGAUCAAGAGAAGCCUCCGUUGAACAGUCUAACAGAGAACACAGUGGCGAUGGAGGUGACGUAGCGCUGCUCUGUGUCCACGCGUCUCCUUUAGGUGCUAUGCAUCGUAGCGACGCUGUUUUCAUGGCAGCCGUUGGGACUUAAUUGCAAUGCUCAUCUUUUUUUUGUUGUUUUCUUUCUUUUUUUUCUGAAAUUUUGUUACUGUUAAAUAUCAACAUCUGUAAAUUAUGAGAUAUGGAAAAUAUUCUAUGUACAUACAUAUUUGUAAUACACCCCUCCCCCCCUCCCCCACUUGUAUAUAACAUUACUUGAAUACAGAAUUCAUUUGUGAUGUUUUGCACUUGGGAAAAAAAAUCUGAAAAAAAAGAACUGCGAUUUUCGUAGUGUGUGUGCCGUUUGUGCGCGUGUGUGUGAAUGUUCAAGUGUUUGUGAGACUGUAUCUGAAUGUAUGUCACAUGCAUGGUGCAAAACCUGCUGUUUUAUCUAUUUAUUGUGAGGUGUUUACAGUUUUGUUUUCUCCCCCUUUAAAUUCUUCAUUUUUUUAAUACACUGUAACCUCCUGGGUUUGUGCGGUGUGCUUGUGUGCGCGUAUGUAAGUGAGUGAGUGAGUGUGUGUGUGUGUGUAUGUAUGUAGCUGCAGCAGUUGUAUGUGAACAUCUCUUGUUGGAAAAGCAGCAGGGGUUCAUCUGUUUGUCUCUUUCUCAUGUGGCUGCUCCACUCCACUCAAGCACUAUUUUCUUUGGGUUCCUUUAAUCUGUUGAAAUCAAAGCUGCUUUUCUAUGAUUUCCCAGUCUCUUUUGUUUUGUUUUUUCUCCUGGAAUCUGAGACCCUUCAUCAUCGAGGGUCUGUGAAGCGUAGAGAGAUGGGUUUAUUUUCUGUUCUUACCUCUGUUUUUGAUGACUGAUUGUACGUCCCCUUUGCUAAAGGAGCGAUUCUGUUAUUUGUGUUAACAGUAGUUCAUAAGGGAGAGACUACAGUGACAUCUCAGUAUGUUUCUUUAUCAUCAUCAUCAUCAUCAUCAUUCCACUUUAUAUGAAAAUAAGGAAAACGAACAAAAAAGGGACGUUUUGUUUCCUGUAAGUCUUCAUGGUGGUGCCCUUCCUGUGGGUCCAGCAUGAGCUCUCUUCUGUGAAGAGGACGGUACCUCACAAGGCUACUCGUAGUUGUUGUUUGUAUGUACCACAAUCUGAAUGCCCGUUCCAAUGGCAUCAUCUAUCUUUGAGGUGUUUUUUUUUUUUUUUUUUUUUUUUAAGUCCCACCUGGAAGAAUGAAUAAAAAAAAAACUUAUAUGACAAAAAAUGUUUAAUAAACCCAGGGCAUUAAGUGUUGACCAGCA